AGGGGCUUUUAUAGCGACCUUCCUCCUGAGGAAGUUGAGACCGCAGAAAGGGGGGUCUCUUUAUGCGCUGGAAGGCUCCUUGGCGCGUGUCAUGACACCCUUUUGGUCGUUGCGCCUCUGACAGAGACCUAGGAUCGGCAUAAAGUCGAGGGAUCCUCCCGCCUUUUAAUUCGAACGAACCCAUCCCAUCCGUACAUCCAUCCGUCGUCUGCCCAACAACGUGACGCCAUACUUUGUACCUACCCGUCCGGCCCAACAUAACCUCAAAGAAAGCAAAAUAACCAAAAUCUAUCGCAAACAUGAAGUUCUCCGGUCUCGUUCUCGGCGCCCUUGCCCUCGUCUCCGGCGCUAUUGCCGUUGACAUCCAGAAGUCGGUCAUCAUCACCUACAAGGAGAACACUCCCGACUCGGUGAUCCAGCAGGACAAGAAGGCCAUUCUCGAUGACGGUGGCGUCAUUACUCACGAGUACACCCUCAUGAAGGGCUUCUCUGCCAAGGUUAACGCAAAGACACUCGAGUCGGUUUCCGCCGCCAGCGAGAGCUACGCCACUAUCGAGGAGGACAAGGUCGUCAGCACGUUGUAAGCGGCCAGCUGAUUGUUUGGCGACACCUGGGACGAGCGCAGACAACAAAAACAAAAUUAACCAUUCGAGUCUACACAGCGACAUCUGAGGUACGACGGUGCCAGAGAGAAAGAGAGACUGAAAGAGAGUGUGUUGGAAAUGAUACCCAGGUGCAACUGUACUGGGCAAAGUUGUUGCCUUUUACGGACUGUAAGUCAUAGUCUUGGCGUUUUUGGAAAUGGAUCGAUGGAGAUGGACUGUCAUGAUAUCAACAUCUGACGGACGGGCUCAAUGUCCCAACGUUUGGCAAGCAUCUUUACGUUCAAUAGAUUAUGUGUUUAUCAACAUCAUGGUCAUAAAGCGUCGAGGUUCGGGUCGCAGGAACUUCAUGAACCUGGUACUGUCAUCAUACGACUCCAUACCCGAAGUCAUUGUCAUUGAGAAAUCGAUUUGAAAACAACUUAUGGUCGUUCGACUACCUAACCA